CGCCGCCGGGGCUUCCCUGGAGAAGGAGGAGGAGGAGGAUGUGAAGAUGGCGGAGCUGCAGAUGCUGCUGGAGGAGGAGAUCCCGGGGGGCCGCCGGGCCCUCUUCGACAGCUACACCAACCUGGAGCGGGUGGCCGAUUACUGCGAGAACAACUACAUCCAGUCAGCAGAUAAGCAGCGAGCCCUUGAAGAAACCAAAGCUUACACGACGCAGUCCUUAGCAAGUGUAGCCUAUCUGAUCAAUACUUUGGCCAACAAUGUUCUCCAGAUGCUGGACAUACAGGCGUCCCAACUACGAAGGAUGGAAUCGUCAAUCAACCACAUUUCACAAACUGUGGACAUUCACAAGGAGAAAGUUGCAAGAAGAGAAAUUGGUAUUUUGACCACCAACAAGAACACAUCAAGAACUCACAAAAUCAUUGCACCAGCUAACCUGGAGCGACCUGUUCGUUAUAUUAGAAAACCAAUUGACUAUACAAUUUUAGAUGAUAUUGGACAUGGAGUAAAGUGGUUGCUUAGAUUUAAGGUGAGUACCCAGAACAUGAAGAUGGGUGGGCUGCCUCGCACGACACCACCCACCCAGAAGCCACCCAGCCCUCCUAUGUCAGGGAAAGGAACACUUGGGCGUCACUCCCCCUAUCGCACACUGGAGCCAGUGCGUCCUCCAGUGGUACCAAAUGAUUACGUACCUAGCCCAACCCGUAAUAUGGCUCCCUCGCAGCAGAGCCCUGUGAGGACAGCUUCUGUGAAUCAAAGAAAUCGCACGUACAGCAGCAGUGGGAGUAGUGGAGGGAGCCACCCGAGUAGCCGGAGCAGCAGCCGCGAGAACAGCGGAAGUGGAAGCGUCGGGGUUCCGAUUGCCGUGCCUACUCCAUCUCCUCCCAGUGUCUUUCCAGCCCCCGCUGGCUCGGCUGGCACUCCUCCCCUUCCUGCUACUUCCACCCCUGCCCCACCCCCUCUCGCUCCUGCUUCUGCCCCUUCCUCCACCUCCGCCGCCCCAGAUGCCAUCGCUGCUGCGGCUGCUGCAGGAAGCCAGCCCCCCGCUGAUGGCUUCACUUCUCCAACUCCCCCCGCUGUUUCUUCCACUCCACCUACAGGUCACCCCGUUCAGUUCUACAGUAUGAACAGACCUGUGUCUAGACACACUCCCCCAGCCAUUGGGGGCUCUCUUCCCUACAGACGGCCUCCUUCCAUCACCUCUCAGACGAACCUUCAGAACCAGGUGAACGGAGGACCUUUUUAUAGCCAAAAUCCAGUAUCUCUCGCUCCUCCUCCUCCCUCGAUUCUGCAGGUAACUCCUCAGUUACCGCUAAUGGGAUUUGUGGCCAGAGUCCAAGAAAAUAUUUCAGAUACACCCCCGCCUCCACCUCCUGCAGAAGAGCCAGUAUUUGAUGAGUCCCCACCUCCACCCCCACCUCCAGAAGACUACGAAGAAGAGGAGGCAGCUGUGGUUGAGUAUAGUGAUCCUUAUGCUGAGGAGGACCCGCCUUGGGCCCCCCGGACCUACUUAGAAAAAGUCGUGGCGAUUUAUGACUACACAAAAGACAAGGAAGAUGAGCUCUCAUUUCAGGAAGGAGCCAUCAUUUACGUCAUCAAGAAGAACGACGACGUUAGUGACCUGAGUUUGAACAAAUGGAUCUUCCUGUUGCCAGUAGUGGCUGCGAUGAGCCGUCUGAAGUCGAGUAAGCUGACCGGUUCACUCUCGGAUACCUUGGAGGCGCACGAUGGCGCCAGGGAGCCGAUGCCCCGUCGGAAUCCUACUGACUCCGUCGGGAUCCGGGAUCCCCUCUCCUCCCCGACCCCCGCAGGACCGUGGCACCCCUGCCAUUUUCCCCCUUGCUCCUAGCUGCGGGGCUUUGGGGUCGAUUUACAGUUCAGUGAACGUCCUUCCCACCCUGGCUUCGCUUCUGUGAGGAAUAAAGAGCACAUAUGGGUGACCUAGCGCUUGAAUUCCCUGUAUCAGUUCCCAUCCAACUCGCAGGAGGUUUGAUUUCCCGUGAAGAUAAAUCUUCCCGGAGCUGCUCAGCCCCGUGGGCCCGGCUUGCGGAGCCCAGAGCCGACCGGUCUCCCACCGCGGCUUUCGUCAAGGGCCAUGGGACGGAUGCGAUCGGGAGGCGGCGGCCCCUCCGAGGGGCCGAAGCGGGGCAGGGCGAGAGGGAGAGGCCAUCUGCUGUGGGGGCUGAGGAUAGAUAAUGUUUGCAGAUUCAAAACGGCCACGAUGCACGUGUACCCUCUGUCUGUCGCUCUUCUGAAUCUUUAUCGUGAGUUGCAUGGUCUCGCAGGGUCGACUUUCUGUUAUUUCCGACUUGGUAUUCCUGUAAAUCUCCCAGAAUCUAGGACACCCCGAUCCUGAAGGUGUGGCUCACGAGAGAGGACCGGACCCGCCCCGACAACUAACCUCCGUUAGGGAGUAAAAUGGCGACUGUCGCCACCGCCUCCUGGGCGCCCGGCCCCGUUAAGAGCCGAGCGCGACCGUAGGCGGUAUUGGCAGCCGGCUUCCCUCCCUCUUCUCUGGGAGUAGCCCUGACGAUUGUGCGUGUCCCAGAAUCGG